UCCAUUCCAGAGCCAAAAAAGAUGUGGCCGUUUAAAAAAGCAUAUUCACGACGCGGAGCUUCCACGGAUUCCACCGAUCCAAACCCUUCUUUGCUAAGUAAAGAAUGGAGGAAAAUACACUGGAGUCAGAGAGAGACAGGUCUUCAGUGGCUAAGAGACUAUGAACCUCAUAAAGAAGUCCAACAUCUCAGAAUUCUGCUUCAUGGACCACCAGGUGCUGGAAAGUCCAGCUUCAUCAACUCUGUGGACAGUGUCCUAAAAGGCAGAAUUGCAAUUCGAGCUUUGGUGGAAGCAAACUCGGCCUUCAGCUUCACCAAAAAAUACAGAACGUAUAAACUGCAGAAAGAUGGACCAGGAACGUUUUACCCUUUUGUCUUCAGUGACACCAUGGGUGUUGAGAAGGGCACUAAUGGAGGAGCUAGUGUGGAAGACAUCAAGCUGGCCAUGAUGGGACACGUGAAAGAAGGUUACAAGUUCAAUCCCACCUCUCCCUUGACUAUGGACGAUCAACACUACAACCCUUCCCCAAAACUAGAAGACAAGGUUCAUGUUCUGGUUUGCGUUGUUCCUGCCACCACUCUGAGUAUAAUGGAUGAUGCGUCUGUAUCAAAGAUAAGGGACAUCAGAGCACUAGCCAGUGACAUAGGGAUUCCCCAGGUUGCUCUUCUCACCAAAAUUGAAGAGAGCUGCUCUGAGGUGAAUAAAGAUAUAAGGAAUGUCUACAAGAGCACGCAGAUGAAGAAACAGAUGGAACAAGUGAGUGUGUCGCUGGGUAUUCCACUGAACUGCGUCUUUCCAGUGAAGAACUACCACUCAGAAAUCGAUACGGAUGCUGACGUUGAUUCACUGAUACUGAGUGCAAUGAAGAAAAUCAUUGACUAUGGAGAAGACUACCUGAAUGACAAUUAACCAAAAGCUGAUCUGAAUGUUGUGUAAUUUAUCUUAACAGGCACAUGCACUAGUUAAUCCGUGUUCUCUCUUUUCCUGCAUGAUAUCAGCAGCGGUGAAAAGUCCUAAGAUGCAGAAUCACUGUAAAAUCAUCUGUUGUGUAACCAGGAAAAGUUGUUGUAAAAAUAAGAAAAGUUGGUAGAGAAUGUUGAGACUUUCUACUCCGAGGGAUUCAAGUUACUGGAGUGUUUUAGUUCUGUUUUAGUUAGUUUUGACAGAGACAUUAGAAGAGUCGCAGUUUCAGUGUAGUGAGCUCAUGGUGAGUGUGGAAAGGAGACUGUUUCUUUCUUAUAAUACAUGUUAGUUGAGGGCUCACAGUUUUAAAUGCUGUUUAAAAUGACAGGUUUUCCUGUUAUGCCUCUUACUUUGUUACUCUUUUACUGAACUCUAAUGUUCAUAGUUAAAACAUAAUGGUAUAAAUAAUCCUGUAAAUCAAUACAACAAUAACUUAAGUCUUUGUAGCUAUUUAAGUAUUUUGUGUGAUUUGUGUGAUGAUGGUCUACAUCAGAAAUAAGGGAAAUCAGGUCAACAGCCAAUGACAUAGGUUAUAGAACACUGGCAUAUUUCACUGAAAGUGAAGAACUAGCACUAAGAAAUCAAGACAGAAGCUGACAUAGAUUUACUGAUACUGAGACGAUUCAUGUUUACGAUGAAGCAUUAAACAUUUGAGAUGUACUAUAUUAAUAUAUCAGUGUAAUAAGUUACUUUUUAGGUGGUGAUAGUAGCAUUUUUUCUUCACAUUGUGAUUUUAUUUCACAUAUUCAAACUAACCUUUAUCCUCUGUUGUUUUCCAUUUUACUAAUCAAUUAAAUACAAUUAAUCUGCACAUAAUUUGAGGGAAGUUUGAAUAAUUAAGCAAUAGAUCUAAAAAGUACAUGUAGUCGUACUUCACAUUUGCGUGCAUAUAUGGUAAUGUUGUGGUACAAAUUACUGAGACAUAUAGUAUGUGAUACUGUUCAGUUGUGAUUUGAUUCUGAUAUGUGGGCUACCAGAACUUAAAUAAAUGUUCACAUUUAAAGGUA